GAUUUGUGGGCUGCAAAGAUGAGAACCUAUCUUAGAGCUCAAAGUUUGUGGGAAGUGGUGGAAAAUGGAAGAAACCCAGCUCCUUUACCAGACAACCCAACAAUGGCUCAGGUAAGAUUUCAUAGUGAUGAAGUAGCUAAAGAAGGCAGAGCACUUGCCAUCAUACAAGCAGCUGUUCAUGAUGAUGUUUUUAUCAAGAUUUUGAAUCUUGAUACAGCAAAAGAGGCUUGGGACAAACUCAAGGAAGAGUUCCAAGGUAGUGAAAGAAUAAGGAGGAUGAAGGUGCUAAAUUUGAUAAGAGAAUUUGAAGCCAUCAAAAUGAAGGAAGCUGAAACAGUGAAGGAGUUUGCUGACAGGCUUUCUAAAGUGGUUACACAAAUCAGAUUAUUGGGUGAAGAACUCAGUGAUCAACAAGUUGUGGAGAAAAUAUUGGUAUGUCUUCCGGAGAGGUUUGAGUCAAAAAUCUCCUCUCUCGAAGAAAAUAAGGAUUUUUCUCAUAUAUCAAUUUCAGAACUUGUAAAUGCUUUACAAGCCACUAAACAUAGAAGAUCCUUGAGGAUGGAAGAAAAUGUUGAAGGUGUUUUUGUGGUUAAUACCAAAGGUAAGUUUCAAGGCAGCAGUAGUUGUGGGAAAAAGCCAUUAGUGGGAAGAAAGGAAAAGAAAAAAAACAAGAAGAAAGCAACAGAGGAGGAGGUUGGAAAGACAAGUAUCCACCUUGCUCUUACUGUAAGAAGAAGAAUGAUACAGAAAAUUUCUGUUGGUUUAGACCAGGAGUCAAAUGCAGGGCAUGCAACCAACUUGGUCAUGUGGAGAAAGUGUGCAAAAGCAAAGCAAAACAACAGGGACAGCAAGCCCAAGUUGUUGAGCAUGAAGAACAAAAUAAGGAGCAUUUAUUUGUUGCUUCUUGUUAUUUAGCAAACAGGAGCAAGGAGGAGUGGCUUAUAGACAGUGGUUGCACAAAUCACAUGACAAAUGAUGCAAGUAUUUUCAAGGAAU